AUGUUCUUUAUUGAUAAUCUUCUGUGGUCACUCUUCUGUUAUAUUUCCACACUUGUUGGUAUGAUCAGCCUGGGAACGUACCUGUUGGGAGUUGUACUGCAGCAACUGGCGAUGCGAUUCCCACAAAAUCUUAAAAAGAAAUACAAUGCAGAGUGGGCUCUUGUUACAGGUGCCAGUAGUGGUAUUGGUAAAGCUAUUGCGGAAAAACUUGCUGAACAAGAAAUAAAUGUCGUUCUUGUUGCUUUAGAUGAUCCAUUUGCAAAUAAAACCUUUGCUGAACUUCAACAGAAAUAUCCAAAACAAAAUUUUCGAAAGGUAGGAGUUGAUUUGGGUGAUGGAAGUAUGAAAUAUAUGACUCAAAUUAUUGAAGCUACAAAGGAUAUUGAAAUUAAUCUUCUCUUUAAUAACGCUGGAUACAUCAGUACAGGAUUAUUUGAAGAUGCAUUAAUUGAACGUUUACGAGCCAAUGUGGAAUGUAAUUCCUCUUGUGUGAUACCCAUAACCCAUCAUUUUCUACGUAAAAUGAUGGAAAGAGGUCGUCGAGGUCUUGUCACUUUCACUUCCUCCUCCGCCUGUUAUCUUCCAAGUCCAACAGCAUCUAUGUAUGGACCUUCAAAGGCAUUUUUAACCAAUUUCGCCACUUCUCUUGCUUCUGAGGUUCAUGAUAUUGGAAUUGAUGUGGUGGUGAUUCAUCCUUCUCCUGUAAACACUAACUUUUUUAAAACACAAGGACCAUCUUUAGAUUCUUUAAAAAUGGCACAAAAAGCAGCAGGAAGUCCAAUGAAUAUUGCUAAUCAAAUAUUUGCCUCCGCAGGACGUUUGACUGUUUGGGAUCAGGGAGUAACUUCUGCAGGUCUCCGUUUUGUGAACAGGCUUCUUGACUUUCCAAUCCUUUCUGAAUUGGUUGUGCGUUUCGCUUGUUUAAACGGUGAUCAUAAAAAGUUGGCAGCCUCUUCUAAUAUACGUGCCAAAAAGAAUAAGUAG